AUGUCGAAGGACGAGAGACUAGCUGAAGGUUAUUCUACACAAAGACCUCCACUCUUCAAUGGGAAGUACUACGCCUAUUGGAAGACGAGGAUGGAGAUGUUCAUACAGUCCGAGAAUUAUCAAGUCUGGCGAGCUAUCGAGGUAGGAGAUUACGAGGUAACAAAGGCCAAUGCAGAAAACGAGGUAAUUCCUAAACCUAUUUCUGAAUACGAUAGAAGCGACUUUGAGAAGAAAGAGAUUAAUGCUACUGCUAAAAAACUCCUAGUUUGGGGUUUAGGGCCAGAUGAACACACUCGUGUUAUGGGAUGUAAAACAGCAAAAGAAAUAUGGGAUUUACUAGAAAUAACCCACGAAGGAACUCAUGAAGUUAAACGUUCUAAAAUUGAUAUACUGCUUUCUAAAUAUGAACGUUUUGAAAUGGGUUCAAAAGAAACUAUUCAAGAAAUGUUUACUCGUUUUAAAAAUAUUACUAAUGAAUUAGUUUCUCUUGGUAGAGUUAUUCCUAUGGAUGAACAGGUACGCAAAAUUCUAAGGAGUCUUCCUGAAGAUGAACGGUGGAGAUCCAAAGUGGCAGCUUUGCAGGAAUCAAAGGACUUUACAAUUUUCAACCUUGAACAACUUGCAGGUUCCUUAAUAACUCAUGAGCUUCACCUAUCAAACAAAAGCCAAGAAAGUUCAAAGAGCCGAGGAAUUGCUCUAAAGUUUGUCCAACCAAGUGAAGAGAAUUCCGAAUCUGGAAAGGAAGAAGCUGCCAUGCUAGUCAGGAAGCUAAAAAAGUUGUACCGCAACAAAAGGUUUGGUGACCAAAAGAAAAGGAACUUCAAGAAAAACCAAUAUUCCAAGGAAACUGGAGGAUGCCACAAAUGUGGGAACACAGAUCACUUCAUCAAGGAAUGUCCUCUCUGGGAAUCAGAAAAAGGAAAAGGCAAAAUGAAGGAACACGGAAAAUCUAAUACUCCAAACUUUUCAAAAUCUGAUUACAGGAAAGCCAUGAUAGCUGCGUGGGGAGACACAAGUUCCGAGGAUGAAGAAGAAUCCACGGAAGAAGAGACGACAAACCUGUGUUUGAUGGCUAAACAUAUAACCUUGAAUGAUGAUUUUGAAAAUUUGAAAAAAGAAUUGCAGGUUACUAAAGACAAAAAUGAAUCCCUUGAAAAGGAUUUAGAAAGAGCUAGAAACAACAAAAGUGCAAUCCACAUGGGAGUUCCAAGGUGGAUAUCCGAAGCUCAAACCAGAAGGACAGAGGGUUUGGGUUUCAACCACAAAAAGAAGAAUAGUGGUAAAAAGAAAAAGUACGUGGAACUCCCUAGUGAGACUGUGUGUUCCUUCUGUGGCAAGUCAGGACACAAAGAUACUGAUUGCAAAAGAAAGGAACUUAAGUCCACUAAAAAUAUAGCUUAUGUAUGGCAAAAGAAAAAUGAGUUUGCUGUAUCAACAAAGGAACCCAUGAAAGAUGGGGUUCCUGAAUCUAACCCUUACAUCAUUCAGAAUAACACUGGGAAAGUUUUGCUGGAAGGAACUCGGAAAGGAAACACUUAUACAGUGGAUCUCAAUACAGUUCCGAGGAAACUCUUAACUUGCCUCAGUGUCAUUGAGGAUGAUCCUUUACUGUGGCAUAAACGUUUUGGUCAUGCAAGUUUCUCUUUGAUUGAUAAGUUAAAAACAAGGAACUUGGUAGAGGGACUUCCUUCAAUCAAGUUCCUAUGUGACAAAAUUUGUGACGCUUGUGUGAAAGGAAAGCAGGUCAGGACAUCCUUUAAAUCCAAGAAGAUGGUGAGUUCCACGAAACCCUUAGAGUUAAUUCAUAUGGAUUUAUGUGGUCCUAUGAGAAUUCAAAGUAGAAGUGGAAAGAAGGAACAAGGCUUAAGUCAUAAUUUCUCAGCUCCAAGAACUCCACAGAAAAAUGGAGUUGUGGAAAGGAAGAACAGAACCUUAGAAGACAUGGCUCGAACCAUGUUAAUAGCCAGCGAUCUUCCAAGAAACUUCUGGGCAGAAGCCGUGAAUACAGCCUGUUAUAUUAUAAAUCGUGUCAUGCUAAGGCCUACAUUAAAUAAGACACCCUAUGAACUGAUGAAAGGCAGAAAACCGAACAUAUCUCAUCUUAGAGCAUUCGGUUGUAAAUGCUUUGUACAUAAUAAUGGUAAAAGAAACAUAGGGAAAUUCGAUGAAAGGAGUGAUGAAGCCGUAUUUCUUGGAUAUGCUACUAACAGUAAAGCGUAUAGAGUUUACAAUAAACGUACUAUGUGUGUUGAGGAAAGUGUGCAUGUUAUAUUUGAUGAAACUAAUCCACUUCCAUGUACACAGGAACAUGAGGACUAUGACUUUGAAAUUGGUCUAGUAAGUUCUCAAGAACAAGAAGAAGAUGCAAUAAUUCCAAAUAAGCAGCCAACUCGAGUAAAUGAAAAUCAUGAAAAUCCGGAGAAGGAACUCGACAUACUGACUGAAGUUCCUUCGACAGAACAGCCUCAGAUUGAAGAACCUGCCGAGGAACCAAUAACACAAGAGGAAAUCACUGAAGAAGAAGCAACUGGCUCAGAAAAUAAGAAUAGUCGAGUUACUAUCCAAACCUUCCAGCCCAAACCUUGGAAGCACCAAAAGUCACACCCACUGGACAAAAUUAUUAGUGACUUAUGCAAAGGAACUCAGACUAGAUCGCAAAUGAGGAACUUCUGUGCCUUCAAUGCUUUUCUAUCUACUUUGGAACCUCGCAACCUUAAAGAAGCCUUAGAAGACCCUGACUGGAUUAUAGCCAUGCAAGAGGAAGUUAAUGAAUUCAAAAGAAAUCAGGUAUGGCAUCUUGAACCUAAGCCACUAGAUAAAAAGGUCAUAGAUUUAAAAUGGGUCUUUCGAAACAAACUUGAUGAAUAUGGUACAAUUGUAAAAAAUAAGGCUAGGUUGGUUGUAAAGGGAUAUAACCAACAGGAAGGUAUUGAUUUUGAGGAAACAUUUGCUCCUGUUGCUAGACUUGAGGCUAUUAGAAUUUUAAUAUCUUUUGCUGCUUUUAUGGGUUUUAAACUGUAUCAGAUGGACGUAAAGUGUGCGUUUUUGAAUGGUUUAUUAAAAGAAACAGUUUACGUCGAUCAACCCCCUGGAUUCGAGAAUCCAAACUUUCCAAACCAUGUUUUUGAACUUGAUAAGGCUCUCUACGGGCUAAAACAGGCUCCAAGAGCAUGGUUCCAAUCAAACCCCAAAGAAUCGCAUCUAACAGCCUGA